AUGGAUUCCGAUUCAGACUCCGAUGGUUCUCAUGUCUCCGCCACCCCUCCCCGACUCUCACCGCCAUCUCCCCCGCGACCACCGCCUAAGUAUGUGCCACUGGUCUCCCGGAAAAUUACGUCUUCUACCUCUCGCUCGAAUCCCAAAGCACCUACUCACCCGCCUCCGAAUGCUCCACUACCGUCUUCCUCUACUCCUCCUACUCCUCCUCCUCCUCCAUCUCCAUUAUUUACCAAUCUCCCUUUCCGGAUCUGCGAAUCCCGACCCGCUACGUUUUCUUCUUCUUUUUCCGUAUCGUCCUUUUCCAGACUCCGCAGCAGAGCUUCUUUUACAUCUGAUGAGAAACUCAAAUCGGACGGUGUCGAUUUUGUGCCGGAUCCACCUCAGGUGGUUGUAGUGAACGCCCCUCCAAAACCCGUUAGGCGAAAGCCUCCUAAUCUCAUCACCGAUACUAUAACUUCUCCGUCGGUGAAGCCUCCGGUGUUUCGUACCACCGGUAACGGCGAGGGUAAUUUCGUGAAAUUGAACUUAAAUGGCAAGAGAGGGAAGAAGUUUCCCAGCAAAUACAAGGGCGUCUCCAAAUCUAGAAGCAAUUACGCUUUCAGAGGGAAGAGAUACAAAAAGAAAGAAGCUGACGGUGAAGGCGAACCCUUGUUGGAGGAAGAGUCUGAUUUGCAGAAACAGAUAGAAGAUGAAGCUAAUGGUUUUAUUAGCUCUGUAGAGGAUGCGAUUCUUGCUGUGAAGACUGAGGCUUCUGAUGACAAUCUGACGACGCUGUUGAAUUUAGUGUAUGGUUAUGAUUCUUUUCGAGAUGGCCAGUUGCAGGCGAUCAAGAUGGUUCUUGGUGGGAGUUCAACGAUGCUGGUAUUGCCUACUGGUGCUGGUAAGUCUCUCUGCUACCAGAUUCCGGCAAUGAUUCUUCCGGGAAUCACGCUUGUUGUGAGUCCUUUGGUUUCGUUGAUGAUCGAUCAGUUGAAGCAUUUGCCUUCAAUUAUUAAGGGUGGUCUCUUGAGCAGCAGCCAGAGACCUGAGGAAGCAACAGAAACAUUGCGGAAACUUAAAGAAGGCAUAAUAAAGGUCCUCUUUGUAUCUCCCGAGAGACUUCUGAAUGUAGAAUUUUUGUCAAUGUUUCGCAUGUCUUUAUCUGUGUCACUUGUUGUUGUGGAUGAGGCACAUUGCGUAUCAGAAUGGUCUCAUAACUUCCGCCCUUCAUAUAUGAGACUCAAGGCAUCAAUGCUGUUUUCUGAACUCAAAGCAGAUUGUAUUCUUGCAAUGACUGCAACCGCCACUACCAUGACUCUUCAAGCUGUCAUGUCUGCACUAGAGAUACCGUCAACCAAUCUUAUUCAGAAGUCACAGCUGAGAGACAAUUUUGAGCUGUCUGUUACAAUGAGUGGAGCUAACAGAAUGAAAGAUCUAUUGAUUUUGAUGGAGUCUCAUCCAUAUAAGGAGAUUAGAAGCAUCAUUGUGUACUGCAAAUUUCAGUAUGAAACUGACAUGAUAAGCAAGUAUUUACGCGAUAACAACAUCAAUGCAAAGGGUUAUCACAGUGGUCUUCCUGCGAAGGACCGUGUUCGCAUACAGGAGUCAUUUUGUUCCAACAAGAUUAGAGUGGUUGUUGCUACUGUGGCAUUCGGCAUGGGACUUGACAAGGGAGAUGUUGGAGCUGUAAUCCACUUCAGCGUGCCAGGAAGUUUGGAAGAAUACGUUCAGGAAAUUGGACGUGCUGGUCGCGAUGGGCGGUUGUCUUAUUGCCGUCUCUUUUAUGAUAAUGACACAUAUCUAAAGCUUCGGAGUCUUUCACACAGUGAUGGUGUCGAUGAAUAUGCAGUUGGAAAAUUUCUCACCCAUGUGUUUUCCACUGAAACAAAGCAACAUGAGAAGAUACGCUCACUAGUCAUUGAAUCUGCCUCUCAUAAAUUUGACAUGAAGGAAGAGGUUAUGCAAACAAUUUUGACACAUUUGGAGCUGGGAGAAGUGCAAUACCUACGUAUGUUUCCACAACUUAACGUCUGUUGCACUUUGAAUUUCCACAAGUCUUCUCCAGACACUCUGGCUGCACGAAAUACCAUAGUUGCAGCAAUUCUGAAGAAGUCUCACGUGAAGCAAGGGUUGCAUGUCUUCGAUAUACCAGCUGUGGCCUCUAGUAUAUAUGUUGCAACAACAGAUGUCUUGGCUGAGAUUCAAGCUCUGAAGAUGAAGGGGGAAGUAACUUACGAGUUGAAGGACCCCGCCUUUUGUUACACAAUCUUAAAACUCCCAAAGGAAAUAUGUUCAUUGUCCAGUCAUCUUACCAAGUGGCUCACAGAGAUUGAAAGUUGCAAAGUGAGAAAACUGGAUAUUAUGUCUAGUGCAGCGGUGGCUGCGAUAAAUGUUUCCAGCACUUCAGAACUUAGUUUUGGUGCCAAGCAAACACUGAGCCUGCAAACCAGAAUUUUGGAUUACUUCAAUGGUGACGAAAAGUGUGACACUCCGAGCAAGACGACUCAGAAUUGCGCCUUUCUACGAGCAGACAUAAAGGUGUUUUUGCAGAGUAAUCGCCAGGCCAAAUUCACCCCAAGAGCCAUAGCAAGAAUAAUGCAUGGAGUUGGAAGUCCAGCUUUUCCAAAUUCAGUCUGGUCCAAGACUCAUUUCUGGGGAAGGUAUAUGAGCGUAGACUUCCGUGUGAUAAUGGAAGCGGCACAAACAGAGCUUCUCAAUUUUGUAGACAGAAAUGCUGCUUUAGCUACAUAGAAGACGAUAUCAAGUGGGACACGGACGUUACACAGCAACUUGACCAAUAAAUAAGAGAAUCAUAGUGAAUCACAGGUAAGAGGUUCUCAUAUUCUUCAGCCCAGUUCGGAUGAAAAUGAUAGUUAGCAAUAGACAAAGAUGUAACAUGAGAGAACAAGAGGCUUUUAACUAUAUCUAGAAAAUGGCCCUUGCUUUGUCUGUAUCUAAAGCUGUAUUCUAACUUAAGAUUCAUUAAAAUACCUAAUAAAGAGAAAUUGUGUUACUUGA